AUGCAAUCAGAUAGCAGUGGCGACCCGCGGAUACACAUCUUUCUACAAUAUGGUAACAACAAGGAGAUGGUGAUUUUAGAAAGGAACGAUGAGCCUCAGGUGUUCGAAUCGUUACGUCGGCGAGCUCGUGCUCUGGUUGAGCGAACGAGCCCUGGUGAAAGUGAGCUGCACCUAUUCCGACAUGAUUACGAUUCACCAAGUGUUUUACAACACAUCGCUUCCGUAUCGCAGCUGAAUAAUGGCUGUAUUGUGGAAGUGAUUGUGGUGGAUCGAAAUGAGAAACCUACUCGCCCACAUGUUUUAGAGGUCGCAGUGAAAAACUACAUGACAUUAACGUUCUGUGAUUUCUGUGGAGCAAUGCUAACUGGUCUGAUGCGUCAGGGGUUGCAUUGUCUGGCGUGC